AAACUAACAUUUUGCAGCAUCAUAGGAGCAGGAAAGCUUGAAGAAGGGUCCAGGCCUGAAACGUCAGCCUCUCUGCUCCUAUGAUGCUGCUUGGCCUGCUGUGUUCAUCCAGCCCUGCACCUUGUUGUCUCGGAUUCUCCAGCAUCUGCAGUUCCUACUAUCUCUGAUACAAUUUUCCUCCUUUACCUUGGGAUUGCAAUCGGCCAGGAGCAGUUUUCAAUUGGAUCUGCUGGGAGCUGUAGUUGGAAAUUCAGCGUAAUUUUAAUCGGUUAGCUUGGGGCUGCAGUUUUAAUCGGUCGGGUCGGGAUUUUAACUGAAGUUUUAGAGCGCUAGCCGAUCUGCGAGGGAGUGUCAUCGGAAACCUGGAGCAGGUUGAAUCGACCGUAGUUCGCAAGGGAUGACUCGAUUUGAGGAGCUCGGGGAUUGCAGUUGGGAAUUCGGGCUGGUCUUUGAUUGAUUAGCAAGGGAUUACAACCGGAAAAUGAGACUAAAUGUUCGUUGAUCAGGAGGAGGUCAGAGGUCAGGCGGUCUCCCUGAGCGACGCUGAGGACGGCUGGGCCUGGAAGAGGGUGGGCUCCUCGGAGCUGCUGGCCCGGGCCUUCCACAGCGCCAACCUGGUCGGGGGCAGGCUGCUGGUGUUCGGGGGGGCGAGGUCGGCCGAUCCCCGGGCCCCCCUCGGGGACCUGCUAGUCCUGGAGCCCUCGGGCCUGGCGGUCGAGAGGGUGGUGUCGGGAGGCCCAGCCCGCAGUCACCAUGGGGCAGUGACCCUCCACGAUCGCUGGCUGGUGGUGGUGGGUGGCUGGGAUGGCAAGAGGAGGCUGGCAGAUGUCCACAGCUUCGACCUGGCACCAGGCGGGGGCUGGAGGGAGCUGAGCCGGGCAGCGGGGAACCAGGCCCCAGUGGGCCUCAGUGGGCACACAUGCACCAAGCUCUCGGACCAUGAGGUGCUGGUGCUGGGCAGAGAAGGUGGGGUCCACACCCAGAGGAGAUUCGCCAGUAUCUUCAGGCUGCACAUCGAUGCCUACUCGCACACGUACUGGUACAAGGAAUGUGAGUCAAGGACAGCUUCGAGAUCAGGACACACCGCCAUCCUGACCCACGUGCAUGGGCGCAAGGCAGCAGGGUACCAACUCCUGGUUUUUGGAGGCCGAAAUUCCGCUGAGAUCGAGCCUGUGGAGGUCUGGACGGAAGGAGACGUCAGGCCAGAGCACGUGCACGCUCCUGGACUGGUCGACCACCUCCGCUUCCUCAUCAGCUCGGGAACAGCGACCUCCAGGAGGCCUGGAGCGCUGCGCCAUCACUCAAUGACCCUGGUGGGACCCUUCGCUGUGCUCUAUGGGGGAGAGUGUUUCAAUAAGACCACCGACACCGUCUGCAACGACCUCUUCAUCUAUGACACACGGUCCCCAGGAGGGAUGUGGUACCACGUCUCCAACAAAGACCCUCAGAUGAAGAGGUUUGGUCAUUGGGUGGUGGUGAUGGCGGACCGUCUGUGCCUGAUCGGGGGGAGAGGCCAAGAUGGCAAGAGCUGCAGCUCCCAUAUCUACACCCUGGGCCCGAAAAGCUGACUGCCACUUUGAGAGGAGAGGGAAUCGGGAAUCUUUCAAAAUAAAAAAUAACCUGCAGGGUUCCUGCAGAUCGUGGCCACAA